AUGUGUGGCAAAGGCAUGAAGACAGAUGCUACAGCUACCAGCAAGUCCAAGGCUCUAGCUCCCAAGAUCCCCACUGGGCCAUCGGGAAGCAUCCCAGUACUAGAGCCCGUGCCUGUUGGUGACGUCCCUCCUCGUCCCGUGGCCCCACCAGUGGGAGGUACUCCGGCGCCGUCAUCUGGCUACUUCUCCAAGCUCAGCGGUGGGGUUCUGAUCGGAGGUCCUGGUAUCGAACCUGCGGCUCCUGUUGUUCCCUCUAGGAAUCCGUCAAUCGCGAUUCCUUCUCGGGCUAGCUCCAUCGUUCCGGACGGCCCCAAGGUUCUGUUCUACCUGAUCAAUGGUGGACAGGAGGUCCAGGUUGUUUCUAGCCCAUCGCUACAGUUGCCGCCUCGGUUGGCUGCGGCGAAGGCGAAAGGUCCUGUGACAGACCACGAGUGA